UUACUGAAUGACGUUGAGGAUAAUAACAAUCACGAAAUUCCAAUUACAAUCACUUCCAACUCACCUACUACGCCUACUACACUAAUAUCUACUAAUACACCUUCUACACCUUCUACACCUACUGCCACAUCUGCUACACCUAUUGCUACACAUACUACAUCUACUGCUAUACCUACUACACUAAUAUCUACUAAUACACCUGUUAUACAUACUACACUAAUAUCUACUGCUACACCUACUAUGUUAAUAUCUACUACUACACCUACUACACCAUUAGAAGAUGAAGAUGAAAGAUAUUCGGUGUUAUUAGAUGAUGAUUUAGUAAUAGUUGAAGAAUUACAGGGACCAUGGGCUUCGCGUGAAUACACAGUUUUAUUAGAUUUUAUGUUUAGAAAAAAUUUAAAUUGUAGAUAUCUAAGAAGAACAAAAAAAAUUACAUCGUUCACAUGA